GAAUGCUCGCCGCCAGCAGUUUGGUCGAGAAAGCGCUUGCGAAGCGAAGAGGGAAGAAGCCCAUCGCGCGGCUUUCGCACCCCAGCACCAUGCCGGGCGUGGAGGACGCCGCCCUCGAGUGCGAGGCUCUGCUUCGAGGGCGCUCCGCGGCCUGGGCCUGGGAGCGGCGCAACCUUGCACUAUGGCAUGAAAACGCCACCACGUCGCGAGUCCAAGGCGUGGAUCAUGUCACAGACAGAACCUCCUCCGAUCCGUCGUUCUUCGGACAGGCAGCGCGAGGAGGCCCUGCCACGUUUGGGCGCCAUCGUCUUCGAAGGAAACCCCUUUCGGACAGUGCGGAGGCGUCUCCUCCUCGAUGAUUGGGAUGAGGAGGAGGAACCCGCACUGCGAAGGGAUGCACGGAGGUUCGACGAAACACCCGAUUCGCCAGAGGCGUCAGAGACCUUGGCGAUUGAGUUCCUGCGCACCA